AUGAGUUUUGAAAUACUCUCUGUUAGAUGUUCCAGUGGAGUGGAUGAGAGUCAUGUGUUCAUCAGUUCUGGUAAAAAUGUCCGUCUGCCCUGUAAAAUUGUUCUAUCUCACUGCAAAUCAACACACUGGAUCUAUAACAGAUUGAGAUAUUCAGCAACAGUUAAACUGAUUUCUGGAGGGGAAAAGGAGAAAAACACAGAGAGACAUGAAAGACUGAGCGUGGGCUCUGACUGCUCUCUGAGCAUCAAGAACGUCACAAAAGAAGAUUAUGGAUCGUACACCUGCCAAAAAUAUGUGAAUGGAAAAAAAGAAGGAACUGAUGCUUGUGUUCAUCUGCAUGUUCUUCAUGUUUCUUCAUCAUCAUCCUCACAGACUGAGAUUAGUCCAGCCAGCUCUGUGACUCUCUCCUGUCAGUUGUAUUCAUUUGAAGGAGUUUCUUGUGAUGACUGGAUCCGUUCUGAGGGAAUCCAGCUGUUCUGGGUGAAUCAGGCUGGUGUUAAACUGACAAUAUCAGACUCUAGAUAUCAGGAAUCAGCUCCAGGACACUGUAUCAGCACUCUGAAUACAACACUUCUGAAAGAAGAUGACAACAGAGAGUUGAGAUGUGAAGUUACUCACAGAGAUCAAGUCAUGACCUCAGCCACAUAUACUAACAGGAGUUCAGCUCGAGCUGAUCUAAAGGCAGCAAUGAUUUCAGCCCACCCCACAAACUCUCAGGAUCCCCCAACUACAAACACACACAAAACUACAGAUCCAGCAGCAGAAACUGAAGUCAGCUGGACAACUGGAUCAUGGAUCAUCAGAGUGAUUUUGAUUAUUCUUGAGACUGCAGUGUUUGCUGCUCCUACUGUGAUUCUUCUUCAGAUCAUCUGUGCAAGAAGAACUGGGAGGAAGGACUUGCGGCACAGAGACGACAUAUCAAUACAAUAUUAA